AUGGUUGAAACCCGUCCAAGACUUCUUGUUGAGUAUAUGCUCCUGAGUCUCCUCCUUUCGCAGUUUGGUUUUAGGCAUGGAUCUUCCGAGACAACUACUGAGUUGGAUCCUGAAGAAGGCUUGGAUACUAACAAUUUGAAGAUCAAUUGCACAGAUGACUGUGGACAAGGCAAAAACAGCUAUUGCCAUAUCAAAGAUUUUUCUUUUACUGGCGCCGCUUUAACUGGUUUUAUACCUAAAGAAGUAGAGGAGCUUAAGCAUUUGGAGACGCUUGAUUUAUCCGGCAAUCAGCUUACCGGUUCCAUACCUGAUACCUUGUGUAAUUUGUCAUCCCUCGUACAAUUAGACCUUUCAAUGAAUCAACUAAACGGAGGCAUAUCAGAGCGCAUAGAAUCCUUGCGCAAUCUUACUAUUCUUAAUUUAUCCAGCAAUAAGCUUACCGGUUCCAUACCUGAUACCUUGUGGAAUUUGUCAUCCCUCACACGAUUAGACCUUUCAAGAAAUCAACUGACAGGAGGCAUAUCAGGGCGCAUUGGACACUUGCGCAAUCUUACUAUUCUGUCUCUGUCUUAUAAUGAGUUGUCAGGUCCAAUUCCCAACCAAUUAGGAAACAUCACAGCCCUUCAAAUAUUCUGUGCGACAUCCAAUGAUCUCACUGGGGAAUUCCCGGAUUAUGCCAAUCUUACUCAGAUGAACGAAUUGUCAAUUUUGGGAAACAAUUUUGAAGGGAGUCUACCUGCAGAACUUUUUAGUUUCUCCGAUCUUGUGUAUUUAACGAUCAGUGACGUAGCAAACUCUGGUUUCCAAUUCCCACGAUCUGCGAACCUGAGCAAUAUAGAAACUCUGAUAUUAAGGAACUGUUCCAUCACUGGUGAAAUCCCUGAAUACAUUGGUAAAAUGUCAAAUUUAGAAUACUUGGAUUUGAGCUUUAACAAAUUAACCGGACGAAUCCCACAAUCCAUGAGUGGUUUAAAUUUAACUCACUUGUCCUUAGCAAAAAAUAAACUUAAUGAUACAAUCCCUGCUUGGGUUGGUGCAGUCAAGACUAGAUUGGAUCUGUCGUACAACAGCUUUUCAGAAGUUAGCUUCGGAGUGCAUAAGCGAGAUCAUCUGAACUUGUUUGCCUGCUGCAGCAGUUCAAGUUCAACCGAUCCAGAUCAACUGUUUGUGGAUCCAAAGAAACGCAUGCAUACGCAUUGUCCUGGACGAAAAUCUAAAUCUCGUUCCUUGUUUAUAAAUUGUGGUGGUGAGGAAUUAACUGUUGGUGACGAGUAUUAUGAAGCAGAUAACUCAACUUCACUCUAUUAUAUUAGUCCUUCCAAAACCUGGGGUUAUAGCCUUUCUGGAGACUUCUUAUCACCGGAUUCAAAUUCUAGUAAUUUCAUACAGACCCAGUCAUGUGGAAUUCAUGUUGCUGAGUCAGACUUAUAUUUAAAUGCUCGGAUUGCCCCUGUCUUCCUAAGUUAUUAUGCUUUCUGCUUACAGAAAGGCAAAUAUAACGUGACCCUUCACUUUGCUGAAAUAGUAUUCAGGGAGAAGGAAUCAUAUAGUAAACUAAAGAGACGGGUAUUUGACGUUUAUAUCCAGGAUGAGAGAAAGCUAAUGAAUUUCGACAUCGCAAAAGAGGCAAGGGGUCCAGAUAGAACUCUAACCAGAUAUUUCAUAGCUGAUGUUGAUGAUAGUGUAUUGAAGAUCUCCUUCUACUGGGCUGGAAAGGGAAGUACAGACGACCUGCCUACUCUGAAUGGACCUCUUAUUUCUGCUAUUUCCAUAACUCCAGAUCCCCAACGCUCUGCAUUGUGGCGAAAAUUGAAGAAAGCAUUGAUUAUUACUCUACCUUCAAGUGUAGUUGUUCUAUUGCUUCUAUUAGCUUUCAUGUGGAAAAUGGGCUGGCUGGGGAAAAGAGAGUUGAUAGAAAUACGGAUAGGCCAAGAUAAACAUGUUACCCUUCAAGAAUUAAUAGGUGCAACUCGAAAGUUUAGCAGCAAAAUGGAGAUCGGUAGAGGGCAUUUUGGAAGGGUUUAUAAGGCUGAACUGGAAGGUGGUCAAACUACUGUAGCUGUUAAAAGACUUUCUACUCACUCAAAAGAAAAAGUUGAGGAAUUAUUAAAUGAAUUCUAUGCCUUAAAGUCAUUCAGGCAUGAGAACCUUGUUCAAUUGUUGGAUGCUUAUUUUGGAGAAGAGAUGCAUUUGCUCAUCUAUGAAUAUAUGCCAAACCUGUCCAUUGCAGACGCUUUUUUUGGCUCGAAGUCCAGAUUGAAGUUUAAUUGGGAAAAUAGAUUUAACAUUUGCCUGGGAAUAGCAAGGGGUUUAGAUCAUCUUCAUGAGCACCCUAGACUCAAGAUGGUUCAUAGGGAUAUCAAAGCUGAAAAUAUCCUCCUUGAUGGAGCUCUUAAUGCUAAGAUCUCAGACUUUGGAAUGGCAAGCCUGUAUACCGAGGAAGAGCAACUUAUGAUCAUCAAAGUGGAAGCACCAAACGGACAUAUGGCACCUGAGUAUGUAGUUCAAGGUUUUGUAACAAGCAAAGUUGAUGUUUACAGUUUUGGGGUGGUUAUACUCGAAAUUGUUAGUGGGAAGAAAAAUGCAGGAUACAAAUUUAACCAUGAGAGUGAGUAUCUCUUGGACAUGGCUUAUGUUGCAUAUAAAAAUGGAAGCCUCGUGGACUUGGUGGAUAAAAAUUUGUCCGGUAUUUAUGAUGCAAAACAAGCCAUCACCAUCUUAACCUUGGCCGUGAUGUGCACGAAUAUAUCUCCUACUUUAAGGCCAAGAAUGGCAGACGUUGUGAGUAUUCUUGUUGGUGAGAAAACCUUUGAGCAGAUUAAUCCCCCUACAGCGGAUGAUCAUCAGCUUCAUGUUGCCAUGGCUCAUGGGGAAUGUACCAAAGCUGAUUCUUCUACUUCCACAGACGUGACCACAACUGCAAGGGCAUCAACUUCAAGUAAAUUAAUCAAUGGGAUAGAUGAAACAGAAACUCAUUAUGCAGAACCCGAUCUUGAAAUAUUGGAAGAGAGUCAGAACUCACAUUAGAUAUGCAUCGUAUUUGGAUUUUGGUGUUGCUGAAACCAUCUUUCAGCGGAUGACAAUUAUGGCGGAGUAGUUAUGUGGAAUAAAGGCAGUUGCAGUUUGUUUUGUGUUAGAUUGUUGAAUAUUGUUCUGCAUUAUGUACAUGCAGUCGGACUUCUUUAUGGAGCCAAAAAGGAUAUUGUUUCAGGUUUUGUUCUCUGCAUUAUGCAUGUCACAUAUUUUGAACAACUACAAUGAAACAGAAAAAAGCGAGAAAAACCAUUUAUUGGACUUGAGAAUUUA